GCUGAAGCGCAGCUUCUGUGGCUCUGCAGCAAUCUUCAUCGGGCUCAAACAAGUUUGUUUAUGAUAAUGGGACGAUGUUUAUUUGUGUUUGCAUUUGAUGGCGUCCUGUACGUCCAGUGGCCUUGUUCUAUGUGUUCUUUUCUUCUGCACCAAAAUUACUAGAUCGCUCAACAGAUUGAUUUGAUCCCAAACACCGCUUUGCGGUUUGAAAAUAAGGCGUUCCUAAUGACGUCAUCGGUUGCUGAGCAACAGUUUCGGCUGUGUUUGUCAGAGCGCCGGCUGGCUUGACCGCAGUUCUUCACUGAGGGGUGUGUGGCAAGUGCGACACAAGAUGAACUGCUGUGGUCUGUUGACUUUGAAGAAGGAACCAGUCCCUCUGAAGAGCAUUGAGGUGGAGCUGGAGGUGAGGGACCAUGUGGCUACAGUGGUCUCCACUCUGAACUACGAGAACAAAGAGGACAAACCCAUCGAGGCGGUUUUUGUCUUCCCUCUGCCUGGGGAUGCCGCUGUCUGUCAUUUCAGUGCCAAGAUGGGACAGAAGGAGAUUGUGGCUGAGGUGAAGGAGAAACAGGAGGCUCGUGAGGAGUAUGAUGAUGCUUUGAGCUCCGGUCAGCAGGCUUUCCUGCUGGAGGAGAGUGAUCAGAGUCCAGAUAUUUUCUCAAUGAGUGUGGGCUGUCUGCCUCCAGGAGAGAGCGCCUCCAUCAGGCUGGAGUACGUCACUGAGCUGGCAGUGCAGGCUGAUGAGGGGCUGAGGUUUUGUCUGCCUGCUGUGCUCAACCCUCGAUACACACCUCAGGGUAGUGAAGCUCCAGCCGUCCAGGUGAACUCUGUUCCAGCCUCUCUGGUUCCUUACAGUCUGUCUUUUUCUGCUCGAGUGUCCUCUCCUCGUCCCAUCUCUAAAGUGGAGUCCAGCUGUUCCCUGGAUCCUCUCCAGUUCCUGAACACAGACCAAACCCAGGCCACGGUGAAGCUGGGUGCAGGACACAAGUUUGACAGAGAUGUUGAAGUGCUGAUAUAUUACAAAGAUGCCCACCAGCCCACUGCUGUGGUGGAAGCAGGACAGGCCUCUGCAAAACCUGGCACUCUGAUGGGUGAUCCAGUGGUGAUGGUGAGCCUGUUCCCCGAGUUUCCUCAGUCUGUCAUGUCUUCAGUGGCUUCCUGUGGAGAGUUUUUGUUCCUCAUGGAUCGAUCUGGAAGUAUGGGGGUCUCAAUGAACAACAAAGACAGAAAUAAGACUCGCAUAAGCAGUGCAAGGGAAACGCUGCUGCUGCUGUUGAAGAGUCUACCAAUGGGCUGCUAUUUCAACAUCUACAGUUUUGGAUCCAGCUUUGAGCACAUCUUCCCUAAAAGUGUGGAGUACAGUCAGCAGACCAUGGAGGAGGCCCUGAAGAUAGUUGGGAAGAUGGAGGCAAAUCUGGGAGGAACAGAAAUUGUGAAGCCUCUCAAGCAUAUUUAUGAGCAGCCCUGCAUUCCCAGUCAGCCCAGACAACUGUUUAUCUUCACUGAUGGAGAGGUGGGAGACACAAAAGAAGUCAUUGAUCUGGUUAAGAACAAUUCAGCCUCCCACAGGUGUUUCUCCUUCGGGAUCGGGGAAGGAGCCAGCUCUGCUCUCAUCAGUGGGUUGGCCAAAGAGGGAGGGGGUCACACUCAGUUCAUCACAGGAAGUGACAGGAUGCAGCCAAAGGUGAUGCAGUCACUGCGGUUCGCUCUGCAGCCGGCUGUGGUGGACAUUUCCAUCACAUGGGAUUUACCAAAGGACGUGUCUGUCACUGUCCUCUCUCCACCAAUCACAGCACUUUUCCAGGGUCAGCGGUCGCUGGUUUACGGCCAACUCAGUGGACAGAGGUCCGAGGCUGCAGAGGGCUGUGUGACGGUGAAGUACAGCCUGGCAGGUCAUCCCACUCAGAACCAGCUGCACUUCAGCCUGAAACCUGAAAAAGAUACUGGGUUAACAGUCCACAGGCUGGGAGCUCGGACUCUGAUUCGCUCUCUGGAGAUGGAGGGAAGAGAGAGCAGAGGGGAGCAGCACACAGGAGUGAAGGAGAAGGUGGUGGCUCUCAGCAUCCAAUCAGGAGUGAGCAGUUGUUUCACUGCCUUCAUUGCUGUCAACAAAGGUGAUGGCGAAGCGAUCCAAGGACCUUUGGUGCGUCGAAAUGUUCCCCGAACUGGAAUACAGAAGAAAUUGUGCUAUCGCUCUUCAUCAUGUAUUAAGAUCAGCAUGGCAUGUUCUAAUCCCAUACCCCAGGCUGUGCCAAUGAGCUGUGGUGUUUCUGCAACACGUGGGAGUGGUGCAAAGCCUACGGUUUUCCAUCGAGCAAUUAAGGCAGUGCAGCGCAUUUUUCGUCGACGAAAUGAUGAUGCAUUCUGGUCUCAACCUGAAGUGAAGCCGCCGCCCUGCGACCCUCUGCUGCAGCUGGUCUCCCUCCAGAAUGCUUCAGGUUUCUGGAUGCUGGAUUCAGCUCUGGCUGCUGCACUGGGAAAGAUGAACGAAGAGGUGAAAAAGUCCAAACCUGAACCGGUGAGCAGUGAAGUGUGGGCCAGCAUUCUGGCUCUAAUCUGGCUUCAGGAGUUUCAAACUGAUGCAAAGGACGAGUGGCAGAUUCUGGCUGGAAAGGCUGUGUUGUGGCUUCAAGCUCAGAACGCUCCAAAUGUGACAGAAUGUGUGGAUGCUGGAAAUGCUCUUCUGGGUUGCAGUGUGCAGAAAGAUGCUCUGGGACUCUGAGGCUUCAUUACAGUCUUCAUUGAUGACAGAAUCACUUCUCAAAUGUUCUUUUCUGUUUUUAGCUGUCAUCUGUCUUUAGCUCUGUUUUUGUGGAAAGUUUUUUAAGAGGAAGAUUUAAAUUUCUUGUUGUUCUGUGUCUGUUAUUGUCAAAAAUCAACAAAUUUCACAUUAUAAAGUCAUUAAAAUGACAGUGUUUGACAGUGUUAAAAGACAAAUACAGAUUUUGUAAAGAAAGUGUAAUCGUAUUAGUUGGAAUAAAGUGCAAUAGUAACAUGUUGAUGUGCACUAGUUUGCCUUUAUAAAGGCUCUUUACUUUAAAAACAAACACUGAUUGGUCAAAACUUGCUCUUUUUAGCAUAAACAAUUUUUCUGAAGUUUCAAAUCUCAUUUUUGACUCGAAUCAAAUUAAACUUGGAUCUUUAAAUAGAUUUUGUGCCAUUGGCUUCAUGUAUUUUCCUCUGGGCUGCAGAAAAAGCUGUUUUAGUCCAUUUCUACAUGUAAACUGCAUCCAUGACCACAGUGCCACUAGCUGAGGAGCUCUCUGUUUUAUCUGGGAUGUUAACUACAGAAAGUUUAUCACACAAGUCACACUUGUUUUUGAACUAAAAUGAGGUUUCCACAAGUAAAUGACCAGAAACUAAACGUCUAAACCUCAUCAGUGAAGGCAGAAACUAUUGAAUUUAUUUAUAUAGCACCAAAUACAACACGUUUAUUUAAAAACUCAUUUCCUGGGUUGGAUGAAGCAGAAGAGACUGUGAAAAGGAAGAACUCCCAUUGAAAGGCAGAAACCUUUUUUCCUGCUGUUCUGGUUGUUCUGAGGUGAUGAGCAGGAAAAGAGGAAGGACAGACAGGUUGUGGGGAGGAAUCCAAAUGUUAGUUGGGAGCAACACAACCUUUCUACAGACAUGAAUAUUGUCGUCUUGAAGGAAACAUGAAGAAGGUUUAAAGUUCAAAACCCUGAGAACCGUCUGGGAUUCAGUCACUGUGUUAGAGGGCGUUUGAAGAGCUGAUAUAUUUAUUUGUUCUUUUUUGGACCGACCUCUGAUUAUGUGUGCAUAUUACUGUGAUUUGUGCUACCCGUUUGUUUGGGUUUUGUUUUUUUGUUAUCUUUUUCCAUCUGUGCCUUUUUCACAAUUUUUUUUCCA